UAAACAUCGUACAAUCCAACUCAAACUAUUAUUAUAACUUGAGUAGUACUCGGAUAAGCACUAAUGAAAGACUGAUGUGAAGAGGUCAUACAUUUCCACCAGGAAAAUGGAUGAUCUCAGUAGUGAAAAUAAUGACUAUGACUUUAACAUUAAGAAAUGCAUCUUCUGUUUAAAAGGAUUUUCUACCAGUAACACAUGUGUACAGAACCCAAAUAUUUCAAAACUUGACACUCUUUUCCAAUCAUGUAAAGCAAGAGCCGACUAAAUAGGCAGCCAGAUUUUGGCCAAUCAAGAAUUUAUAAAAGAUGGCUCACUUCCUUUACGUUAUCAUCGUAAUUGUAGAGCAACAUAUCAAAGCCUGUACCAUCAAUCAUUUUCAUCAAGUCUGAAAAAAAAAAACUGAUCCUGAAAUAAAUAACAAUGUAAAUGUCACAAUAGCAAGAAGAUCAUCCUCAAAUGCAUUUGAAUGGAAGUCACAAUGUUUCAUCUGUGGUGAAAAGUGUGAUACAAUAAGGGACCCAAGUAAUAAUUUAAGACCAGGCAGGAGUUGGUCCAUGGUAGAAACGUCAAUUGACUCAAGUCAUAACAGUACAUACUCAAAAGUCCUGAAAGCAGCAGAAAUAAAGAAUGACACUUCUUUGAUAAAUAGGCUUAGAAGUGUUUCAAAUGGGGAUCUUGUGGCUCUGGAGGCUCGCUAUCUUCGAAAGAAAGGCUGUCUUACCAAAUACUAUGAUACUAACCUGAAGACAGACCAAAUUAAUAGCAACGUUGCUCAGAAAUUUAGAUAUAGAUCAGCAGCAUUUCAAUUAAAAGAAGAGUAUGCAGACUCUAUCAUGAACCAAAAGAAUGUUUUAGAUUUAUUGAAAUCGCAAGAGAAGACUUUGGUGAUAAUGUAGAAACAUACAGAAGCUUUUACUUCAAAAUUCUUCUGCAAGAUGUAUGGCCUGAAUUGACAGUUGUGUAUCAAAAUGGUAAAUCGGACUUAGUUUGCUCAAAAGAUGUUACUGUAGGAGAAGCUUUGAGAGAUUACAAAGAGUUGGAACAAAGUUUUUAUGAUGCAAGUGAUGAGGACAUUGAAAUUGACCUAGCUUCUGACGAAAGCAUAGUACACAAAGCUGUCGGGGUAUUAAGAAGACGAAUCUUGCGAAAUACUGAAAAACUUGAUAGUGAAUAUUUUUCUGUUGAUGAAAUGUCUCUGUCAUCUCAGAAGAAGUUUGUUGACCCUCUCUUAUACAAAAUGAUAUGUUGAAUGGCAAAUUCUAAUGACUAUUAAAAUGCUACUGAAAUUCCAAAUGAUAAACAAGAAGUUCUCCUAGCACUUGCAUGUGAUGUUACAAAUUUAGUCACUUCAAUUCAAUCACCAAAGCAUCUUGGACUUACAGUGCACUUGUAUAAUGAAUUUGGAAGCCGCCACCUAAUUGAAGAUAUGAAUAGUCUAGGGUACGGAAUUUCAUAUUCGGAACUCAGAAUGUUUCUCUCCUCUGCUGCUGAACAUGCAAUCAAAACACAAUGCAUAACUGAAACAGGUGGUCUUGUUCCUGACAAUAUAACACACAAACGUGAUGGUGGCCAACUUGUUGUAGGGGUAGCAGACAACUGGGAUCACAACGAAAAAACAACUGAUGGCAAGGGCACGACACAUGCUAUGACAUCUAUACUGGUUUCACCAAAGGUCAGCGCUGACAGGCAGAUUCCAAGGUUGCAAAGAUCGACAAACAGAAGUUUCGACAAAAAUUGCGUCCCAGGGGGUAGCUUGUGCAGCAUAACUCCGUAUAGAAAGCCAAUCAACAGACCAUGCCCGACAUUUGAACCUGUUGUUUCUCUAGAGGAAGUUAAUCCAACCGUCACACCAGCUGUAACUCAAUCAAGAUUGAAAGAGUUACUUUACAGUUUUGGCCGAUGCUCAGUGUUCUGUGAUGAUAUUUCAGAACGAAGUAUAUAUCCACCAUGGGAUGGGUUUCAUGCCAAAACAAUGUUUGACGCAACAGCAAGUGUCUCAAAUGUUGCAUUUAACCCCAUAAUUAUGGCAACACCAACUGAUUAUAGUACCAUAUACACUGUACUGUUGCGAUUGAAAGAGUGUAUGAAUGCCUUAGGACAACAAUACGCCCCGGUAAUCUUCGAUAUGAGUCUGCUGGCAAAAGCAUUAGAAAUUGUUUGGUGUAACCGAGAUGAAUUACAAGGAGUUAUACCUUGCGAAGGAGGAAUGCACCUUUUAAUGUCUGUAUUUGCAGGAAUUGGGUAUCUUUAUGGAGAUGCAGGUCUUCGACAUUUACUCUCAGAGUCUGGUGUAUAUGCUGCAGGCACUGUAAACAACAUAUUGACGGGGAAAGACUUCGACAGAGCGCUUACCGCAUUUAAAAUAAUAGAUGAAGCUUUGAACUCUCGUCUUCUUACCAACUUUGAAGCUUGGUGCAUUGAAAAUGAUAUAGACCUAGAUGAAGAUUUAGGUAUGGCUCUGAGAAACAUAAAAGACAUCAAUAGCAUGACAGUUACUGAAAAAGACAUUUGGGGAAAUAUAGCCACAACCAAACUUCUUCCUUUAUUGGAAGAAUUUAGGACAGAAUCCCGGCAAAUCUCUCCAAUAUUUAAAUUAUGGGAUGAGUACUUGACAAGAGUUUCAGAACCUUUAAAACUGUUCAUAUCAUCAACUCGCGAACCUGACUGGACUGUCCAUAAGUAUUCAAAACUUUGCCUGCUUCCAUUGUUGUUUGCAUCCAAUAGGACCUCGUACGCUAAGAACAUGACUGUCCAAGUUCUGAAUAUGAACAGACUACCAAGAGAAGCAGAAGAUGGAUUUCUACAGGGCUUAUUUACUGCAAAAUUGUCGAGUGGCAAAUUCAACAACGUCUGGCUGGACUACACUCUGGAAGCUACAGAAAAUAAAGCUCUUAAAGGCACAGGUGGAAUUAUUGGUCUAACAAUGAAAGAUGGUGCUUUAGCACGAUGGUUUCUCUCACGGCCAUUAGCAUCUAGAUACUCAACUAUGUUCCACAAUAAUGUCUGUCAUAAAAAUGAAAAGGAUGGAACCCAUCAUGCAGAUACCAAAGCAAAACGAGAAAACUAUGAUAGAAACGUGAACAAAAUGGUAUCAAUGUUUGACAGUUCGUUUGUUGAUCCAUUCAAUACCAAAAAGGCACCCGAAAGACUUGUUAACUUCGCAACAUGUCAGCAAUCAACAGAUGAAAUUGAACUAAAUAUGUUGAGCUGCAUUGAUAAGGGAGAGGAAAUGUUGAAGGCCUUUGUAUCGGAAAGACUGAAAGCAAACCAAAAGGCUCAGACCCGCCAGUAAAGGGAUUUUUCAGUCCAAUGACCAGGAGCAAAGUGAAGACAAUGGCAGCAAGUAAAAUUAAAACUCAGGUGAAACGCACAAACAACAUAAAUAGUGAAGUAAUGUUCCAAAGACUUCUUGCAGUCAAUGCCUACAAAAAAAGUACCAACAUAACGCGUUUUCACCUUCGAAAACACGCCUGUUCCAACAAGUCUAUUUAGCAAAGAUGGUACAAUGCUGAAAUGUAAAAAAUCAGACUUUAUGACUAUGCUAGAGGGUCUUUUACCGGAUAAAAUAACUCACACACACAAAGCAGACACAUUGAUCUUUGAUGGAAUGGCUCUUGUUCAAUCACUUUCGCCACAAUCAGAACAUCUUACCUUCAGAUACAUGGCAGAAAUGUUCAUGAAACAUGUCUUUAAAAAGGCUAGUAACAUAGCAAAUGUGAAAACUGUUCAUAUAGUUUUUGACAGAUACAGUAACAUCAGUCUGAAGACACAAACAAGAAAUGGGCGUUGUGACAGUUCAACAAAAAAGGCAUUGCAUAUUCACGGAGAUUUGGCCAUACCAAAAGAUUGGAAAGCAUUUCUAUCAGUAGGCAAGAAUAAGGAGCGCCUCAUUGCAUAUUACACGGACUAUAUUGUUCAGAACUCUGCUCCAGUACUGAAAGGUGGCGAAUCUCUAUUUAUCAGUGGCGGAGCAGAGGAUAAAUGUUUCCUGUUAACAGAUGGAUCAUGUGAAGAAUUAAAGACUUGCGAUGCAACCAUGAAGAGGCAGACACGAGAAUAAUCAUCCAUUCAGCAUAUGCAAAGAAAAGGGGCUCUGAUUGCAUAGAAGUCAACAGUCCAGACACUGAUGUUCUUGUUUUACUUUUACAUCAUUUUGCAGCCAUAGGAGUGGGUAAAAUGUACAUGAGUACUGGAAGGACUGGUAUCCAUACUGAUUCCAAACGCUAGAUUCCGUUUCACGACUUAUUUGACAUGAUAUCUGAAGAUCAGAUGAAUGUUAUGCUAUCAGUGUACUGUCUUACCGGUUGUGAUACAACAAGCUCCUUUUAUGGAAAAGGGAAAAAGAAAGCGUUCAAGCUACUUAUGCAGAGUUCAUCAAAAUACCAGCCCUUAAGUGAUAUGGGUGAAGACGCCUCAUUAACCCCCAUACAAAAAUCUGCAUGUGUUACAUUUGUGGCUGAUCUAUACGGCAGCAGUGGAUGUUCAACAUUGAAUUCAAUCCGAAGUGUUAAAGCAUUGAAAUCACUUGCAUCUAAAAAUCUCCCCCCGACAGAAAAUAGCUUCCAUCUGCAUUGCCUUCGAUGUGUUAUCCAGCUUUGGAUAUGGCGACAUGCUCUGAUUGGAAUACAUCAUCUACCAUCACCGACACAGUUUGGCUAUGAAACAAAUCCAGACAACGGAACACUACAGCCUGUAAUGAUGAACCAGCCUGUAGCAGCACCUGAGUUGUUAAGCGACAUGGUCUGCAACUGUUCAUUAUGCAGUGAUGACUGUUCUUGCUUUAGAAACAAACAGCCCUGCACAGGGGCAUGCGGUUGUGACGGCAGUACCUCAAAUGAAUCUACCGAUACCAUAUGUACAAAUGUCUUCAUCCUGACAUCGUUGAUACAUGAAGAGGACUUGGACCUGUUUUUGGAGAACUAGAUGUUGAUAAACAUUUUAUCAUAGCUAUAAAUGUUUGUGAUUCCUUACCAAUAGUGUGAACAGUUCAUAAUUCAAUAGUCAAAAAGUGGUCUAUUUGUAAAUAGCAUGUGUUGUAAAUCAUAUAACAGAUUUUUCCCUAAUACAUAGUUUUAAUUAGUAUGUUGAAAGUUGUAUUCGUUUAAGGAGUACUGAAACUUGGUUAUUACUGAACAUGCCAUAUAAAUUAUGUUGCAUAAGUUAACAAGGACAGAUAAUUAAGUGACAAAUUCAAUUUCAAUUGCUGAUCAUGUUCUUAUUGCAAAUGUAUUUUAGCUUUACAAAACAUGAUUUUCAAACAUUUUUUUUCUCUAAACUUAAUUGCCAAAUAAACAAUAAUUUUUUAGAUGCAUUUGAUAUCCAUUUAAUACAAACAUUUUGAAACAAAUUCAGCCGAAUUGUGUAAUUUUUAUAAU